GAGACUCGAGUCUUCCCAGGCCGCCCCUGCACCACCCCAAAUAAUUUACGUGACCUUAUAGUCUUCAAUGAUUCAGAAUUCCUGGGUAAACUACAAUGGCCAAUGCAGAACUCUGGUCGUCGCCUGUGGUGCAGGCCCUCUUUGUUCGUUCACCUCCUGCUCCGCUCUCGCCAAAAGUCGUAUGGUGUCAGGAUCUAACAACUCAGAUCAACCAGCUAUCAGCUAAUCUCAACGUCAUAGCUGUCCUCCACCUGCUCAAUGACGAUUUCAAUGGUUGUCACGAGCUUGUACAAACCCAAGAAGGUAAUCCCUAUUCUGACCACUUGCACUCGAUCGCCCAUAGGCGUGAGCCCGACUACUGGAACUCCAAGUAUUGGAUUGAGAGAUUCUCUCAUGAGCACUUGCCGGAGAUAUACUCGCCUGGCGGUACCAUUACUCAGGCCAAACAGGAAAUGGAAAAGUUUGUAGAUGCUGUACAAACUGUCGAGACUUCCGGAGAGGGGGUCCCGGACCAUGAGAAGAGGCAGUGGGAGGAAAUGACGAUGCUCGCGAGAAUCCUGAUUAACUUGGAAUAAGAACUUUGACUUUGAAAUCGAGACUUGCGAUUGUGCGCAGAAGCAUCGGUACUGAGGAUUGUAGUCUGCCAGCACUCGCCGAAACUGUAAUCCUGUAAUAUCCAUUCAUGAACCACUGCCAGGCUCUGAAGUAUGAGGCUGAUAUUGCGUGAAAGGCCACCCACAGCCUGAGGUUCAGGAUUAUCUAUAUCGUGUUCUCAAAGAGUACGUUGGGUGAUGUCAUAUUUGGUUCGGGAACAUCCUGUAUGGACUGCUAGUCCUGCUCCCGACCACCGAUGAUACUAAUAAUCUUCUCAUAGACUGUGAAGACGAUACCUCCACUCGC